CCAUAAAGAUGUUUUUCCCAUGAUCCCUUUCCCCCACCUCUGGAAAAGAUGCGUAUAUAAAGGACCGGCUCAGAGGGUUGCCUUCAGUUCGAAGAUGGCUCUCAGUUAUUGUAUAUCGUUCUUAGCCCUCUUUGUGGCUGUAUUUGCCCACACUCAUGAUAUUCACAAAAUAUGCGUGCCUCAAGUGGCAGUGAAAGCAUGCCACAAGAUGGUGGAGCAGGCAAAAACAAUUGGAGUGAACCUAGAAUGCGUUCCAGCCCGGGACAGGGUCGAAUGCAUUUCAAAGGUAAAAGCUCAUGAGGCUGAUUUCGAAGCCCUUGAACCAGAAGACAUGUACAUAGCUGCUCAGAUGUCUGACAAGGACUUCACGGUCUUCAAGGAAAUAAGAACAAAAGAAGAACCUCAAGCUGAGUUCCGUUAUGAAGCAGUAGCAGUUAUCCAUAAAGACUUGGAAAUCAACAGUAUCCAUGGCCUUAAAGGUCUCACCUCUUGCCACACAGGAGUUGGAAGGAAUGUUGGAUAUAAAAUCCCUAUUACAAAAUUGACUAAAAUGGGAGUAUUGGGACCAUUGAGCGAUACUUCUUUAUCACCAAGAGAGAAUGAACUUAAAGCUUUGUCAACAUUUUUCAGCCGAGCCUGCUUAGUUGGACAAUGGUCACCACAUCCUGAGACUAAUGCUAGGCUAAAGUCAACUUAUGCCAACCUUUGUGAACUCUGUGAAAACCCAGAAAAAUGUGACUACCCUGAUAUCAACUCUGGCUACGAAGGAGCUCUGAGGUGCCUCGCUAAAGCUGGAGGCCAAGUCGCUUGGACUAAAGUCAUCUACGUCAAGAAGUUCUUUGGAAUGCCUUAUGGAACUCAGCCAGCCAAACAGUCUGAAUAUAACGCUAACGACUAUGCUUUCCUCUGCCCCGAUGCAUCAAAACGACCCAUCACUGGUCCACCUUGCACAUGGGCUGCUCGGCCAUGGCCUGGCUUCAUGGCUUCAACUCAUGCUGUUGGUGAAUUGAAAGAACUGAGAGAGGAAAUCGCAAAACUUAACAACCUUGGAGAAUCAACACAUGCCGAUUGGAUCGCUACUGUUCUCACAAUGAACAAUAAAACUCUUGCUGUUGAUAACAAUGAAGUAUCGCCCCUUGAUUAUUUGCUUAAAGCUAAAUAUAAGGAUGUUAUUGAACGUGAUGUUCUUGAACCAAGAAGGGUAGUAAGGAUUUGUGUGAAGAGUGAUACUGAAAUGGCCAAAUGUGAAGCACUUAAAGCCGCAGCUUAUUCAAGAGAUAUUCGUCCAAGUUUAUCAUGCAUUCAAUCGGCCAAUUGCAUCACCUCAGUUGAAAAUAAAGGAGCAGAAUUAGUUGUUCUUGACCCACACGUAGCCAUUGAUGCUGAGAAGAACCAUAACCUUAAGCCAUUAUUGAAUGAGCAAUACAAUAAACAAGAUGAACAAGAGCUUGUAGCUGUAGUAAAGAAGGGUACUCCAAUGGGAUCAAUCCAAGAUCUUAAGGGAAAGAAAGUUUGUUUAGAACCAAAUGGCAAUGCUGGUUUCUUUGGAGUCUUGAAAUAUUUGUUGAACAAUAAGAUGAUCGGUAAACAUCACUGUCCACAUGAAAAGUCAUUGACUGAAUUCUUCUCAGCAAUUGUCCCAUCAGCUGAUCCUGUGAAAUGUCUUGUAUCUGGUAAAGGGGAUGUUGCCUUUGUUCCACUAUCAGCACUUCAUGGAAAAGAUUCAGAUGUUGAACUAAUCUGUUCCUCUGGUGGAAGAGCUCCUGUCGAUAAAGCUGGUUGUGGCGUUGCAACCAUUCCUCCAAAAAUGGUUAUGACAUGUAAAGACUUGAGCGAGGUACAGAUCGAUGAAGCAAGAUCUUCACUUCUCGCAGCAGCAAAUUUGUACAGUGAACAUCCUGACCUCUUCAGGCUCUUUGGUGACUUCAAUAAAGAACCCAAUGUUAUGUUUUCAAACCAUGCGACAGGAUUAUCAGCCAUUGCUGACGUUCUUCCAUCAUUUGAAAAAUACAAAAAAUUGGUUGUAGAUUUAGCUACUUGUGCCUGAGUUACAGAAUGAAAAUUUUAAAAAGACUGCUGAAAGGACUUAUCAUUUGAACUUUGAAUAUAACCUUUCAAAUAUUAUACUUUUAUCAACCUGAUUAGAUUGUUGCAAUGCUUAUAUUUUGUUUCUGAAUCAAUUGAAAAAUAAUCAAUAAAUGUUUAUGUAAAUGAAAACAUUGACGCUUUAAAGAUACUUGCUAGUAAUGCAAACAGAUAUGUAAUGACAUAUAUUCUGAACCAAAACACUUUUGUUGGUUGUACAUUUUUUUAUAAUUUUAAGAAAUAAAAUAUGCUUAAACUAAAAUGUGGUUGGUGUGUUUGUUUAGAUAUAAAACCUUGUUUUAACUGCUAUGGUUUCAGUUCCUAAAAAAUACUUGCCAUAAUUUUUAAAGCCAUCUUAGAUUUCAUUCCAUUUCAAAGGGACUUUCAGUAUUGGCAGCAUAAAAUUAUCAAAUAUUAAAAUUAUUAUUUGGGGGAAAUAAUAUGUAUUGUUUUUUGGAGAUCAGCUAUAGAUGGUCAGCAUACAAUAAAUAAAAUAAAAAUAAACCAAAAGUUAACUGUAAAAAAAUAAUAAUAAUUUUGUCAGCAACAAUAAAGCUAUUGCAAAAAGAUAUCCUGUAUAUUAUUUCUAAAAGGUUUUUUUUUUUUUUUUUGUUUGUAUGCCAUAACUUCCUCAAUUCUUCAUCAAAUCCAAU